GAGGGUUGCGUGUGUGUGUGUGUGUGUGUAUGUGUGUGUGGAAAACUGCCUGGAGUCGUCUCUCUCUCCGUUGCUGCUGCUGCUGCUGCUCCUCCUGCCGCCGCCGCCUCCGGCUCCUCCUCGGCCCCUCUUCGCCUCCAUGUGCCGGAUAGCGGGAGCGCCGUGGACCCUGCUGCCGCUGCUAGCGCUGCUGGCGGCCCUGCACCAGGCACCAAUACAGGCAACUGGUGAAAUCACAUUAUGCAAGACUGGAUUUCCUGAAGAUGUUUACAGUGCAGUCUUAUCGAGGGGUGUGCAUGAAGGACAACCUCUUCUCAAUGUGAACUUUAGCAACUGCAAUGGAAAAAGGAAAGUACAGUAUGAAAGCAGCGAACCAGGAGAUUUUAAAGUGGAUGAAGAUGGAGUGGUCUAUGCAGCAAGGAGUUUUCCACUCGCUACAGAGCAUGCUAAAUUCCUGAUAUAUGCCCAGGACAAAGAAACUCAGGAAAAAUGGCAAAUGGCAGUGAAACUUAGCCUUAAUCCGACAAUCACGGACAACCCGGUGAAGGAACCUCAAGAAAUUGAAGAAAUUGUAUUUCCAAGGCACUUAUCAAAUCAUAAUGGCUACCUUCAAAGACAGAAGAGAGACUGGGUCAUUCCUCCAAUCAACUUGCCAGAAAACUCAAGAGGACCUUUUCCUCAGGAGCUAGUUAGGAUUAGAUCUGAUAGAGAUAAAAAUCUUUCACUGCGAUACAGUGUGACUGGACCAGGAGCUGACCAGCCUCCAACUGGUAUCUUCAUAAUCAACCCUAUCUCUGGUCAGCUGUCAGUGACAAAACCUUUGGAUCGGGAGCAAAUAGCACGUUUCCAUGUAAGAUAUUUGCUGAGCACUGCAGUGGAUAUAAAUGGAAAUCAAGUAGAGAAUCCCAUUGACAUUGUCAUCAAUGUCUUGAUAUGAGAUGAUAAUAGACCAGAAUUCUUACACCAGGUUGGGAAUGGCACAGUUCCUGAAGGAUCAAAGCCAGGAACUUAUGUGAUGACAGUGACUGCAAUUGAUGCCGAUGAUCCAAAUGCCCUCAAUGGGAUGCUGAGGUACAGAAUCCUGUCCCAGGCUCCAAGCAGCUCUUCCCCCAACAUGUUUACAAUCAACAAUGAAACUGGAGAUAUUAUCACAGUGGCAGCCGGACUGGAUAGAGAAAAAGUACAACAGUAUACGUUAAUAAUCCAAGCCACUGACAUGGAAGGAAACCCAACAUAUGGUCUUUCAAACACAGCAACCGCUGUCAUCACAGUCACAGAUGUCAAUGACAACCCUCCAGAGUUCACUGCUAUGACUUUCUAUGGAGAAGUCCCUGAAAACAGAGUCGAUGUUAUCGUUGCAAAUCUAACUGUAACAGAUAAAGACCAGCCCCAUACGCCUGCUUGGAAUGCGGUAUAUAGGAUCACUGGGGGAGAUCCCACGGGGCGCUUUAUAAUUCAAACUGAUCCAAACAGUAAUGAUGGCUUAGUAACAGUUGCGAAGCUCAAUGCUGCAGCGAAGCAGUCUUUUUACACCUCACUAAUUGAUUCAAUCCUCAAGCCACCACACCAAUUGACUCUGAGGACAAAUAGGAUGUUUGUACUUACUGUAGCUGCAGAAAACCAAGUGGCGUUAGCCAAGGGCAUUCAGCACCCACCACAGUCAACAGCCACUGUGUCUGUUACAGUGAUUGAUGUAAAUGAGAAUCCUUAUUUCACCCCAAAUCCCAAGCUCGUACGCCAUGAGGAGGGACUCCGUGCUGGGACCAUGUUAACAACAUUCACUGCUCAGGAUCCAGAUCGAUACAUGCAGCAAAAUAUUAGAUAUACGAAAUUAUCGGAUCCUGCCAAUUGGCUAAAAAUAGAUCCUGUUAAUGGACAGAUAACCACAAUAGCUGUUUUGGAUAGAGAAUCACCAAAUGUGAAAAACAACAUGUACAAUGCUACUUUUCUAGCUUCUGACAAUGGAAUUCCUCCUAUGAGUGGAACUGGCACACUGCAAAUUUAUUUACUUGACAUUAAUGACAAUGCUCCCCAAGUGUUACCUCAAGAGGCAGAGACCUGUGAAACUCCAGACCCCAAUUCAAUUAACAUCACAGCACUUGAUUAUGACAUUGAUCCAAAUGCUGGACCAUUUGCUUUUGAUCUUCCUAUGUCUCCAGCAAGUAUCAAGAGGAAUUGGACCAUCACUCGGCUUAAUGGUGAUUUUGCUCAGCUCAAUUUAAAAAUAAAAUUUCUUGAGGCUGGUAUCUAUGAAGUUCCAAUAAUAAUCACUGAUUCAGGAAAUCCUCCCAAAUCCAACACUUCUGUUCUCCGAGUGAAAGUUUGCCAGUGUGACUCCAAUGGAGAUUGUACUGACGUUGAUCGAAUUGUGGGUGCUGGACUUGGAACAGGUGCUAUUAUUGCGAUUCUACUUUGUAUCAUCAUCUUACUCAUUCUGGUAUUAAUGUUUGUUGUAUGGAUGAAACGUCGGGAUAAGGAACGUCAAGCCAAACAGCUUUUGAUCGACCCAGAAGAUGAUGUAAGAGACAAUAUUUUGAAGUAUGAUGAAGAAGGUGGUGGAGAAGAAGACCAGGACUAUGACUUAAGCCAGCUCCAGCAACCUGAUACAGUGGAACCUGAUGCAAUCAAACCUGUUGGGAUCAGACGACUAGACGAGAGGCCUAUUCAUGCAGAACCUCAGUAUCCAGUCAGAUCAGCGGCUCCUCAUCCUGGGGACAUUGGUGAUUUCAUUAAUGAGGGACUCAAAGCUGCUGACAAUGACCCCACAGCUCCACCAUAUGACUCCCUGCUAGUCUUUGACUAUGAAGGCAGUGGCUCCACUGCCGGAUCUUUGAGCUCCCUUAAUUCCUCAAGUAGUGGUGGUGAGCAGGACUAUGAUUAUCUAAAUGACUGGGGCCCACGCUUCAAGAAACUUGCCGAUAUGUAUGGUGGCGGUGAUGACUGAACUACAGAACGAACUUGGUUUUUGGACAAGUACAAACAUUUCAACUGAUAUUCCCCAAAAUAAAAAAAAAAAUUAAAAAGCAUACAGAAGCUAGGCUUUAACCUUGUAGUCUACUAGCACAAGUGCUUGCUGAAGGCUUUGGCAUAGGCUGCAAACCCAUUGGGGCUCAGUGGGAAUAUCAGUGAUCCAAUACUGUUUGGAAAAAAAUAUUGAGCUCAGUUACACUUGAAUUUUACAGUACAGAAGCACUGGGAUUUUAUGUGCCUUUUUGUACCUUUUUCAGAUCGGAAUUAGUUUUAUGUUUAAGGCUUUAAUGGUACUGAUUUCUGAAAUGAUAAGUAAAAGAGACAAAAUAUGUUGGGGUGGAAGCAGUAAGUUAAACCAUGAUAUGCUUCAACAUGCUUUUGUUACAUUGCAUUUGCUUUUAUUAAAAUACAAAAUUAAAAAAAAAAAAAGAAAAAGAAAAACCUCAUGGAAUGAUUUUAUUACCUUGGGGGAGGAGACCAUGAGCUUGAGAAAUGUACAUUACUUCUAGUUUUAGACUUUAGAUUUUUUUUUUCACUAAAAUUCUAAAACUUACGCAGCUGGUUGCAAAUAAAGGGAGUUUUCAUAUCACCAAUUUGUAGCAGAAUUGAAUUUUUUCCUAAGCUAGAAUGUUAGACACAUUUUGGUCUUAAUCCAUGUACACUUUUUUUAUUUCUUGUAUUUUUUUUCCACUUCACUGUAAAAAUCGUAUGUGUACAUAAUGUUUUAUUGGCAUAGUCUAUGGAGAAGUGCAAAACUUCAAAACAUGUGUAUGUAUUAUUUGGACUAUGGAUUCAGGUUUUUGCAUGUUUAUAUCUUUUGUUAUGGAUAAAAUAUUUACAAAACAGGUUUAAAACAAGUGACAUUUGAUUCAAUUGUUGAGCUGUAGUUAGAAUACUCAAUUUUUAAUUUUUUAAUUUUAAUUUUAUUUUUUAUUUUAAUUUUAAUUUUUUUUUGUUUGGGGAGGGAGAAAAGUUCUUAGCACAAAUGUUUUACAUAAUUUGUACCAAAAAAAGAAAGGGGUGGCCUGACACUGGUGGCACUACUAAGUGUGUGUUUAAAAAAAAAAAGCUUUUAAACUGGAGAGACUUCUGACAACAGCUUUGCCUCUGUAUUGUGUACCAGAAUAUAAAUGAUACACCUCUGACCCCAGCGUUCUGAAUAAAAUGCUAAUUUUGGA